CAAACAGUUAUUAGUAGUGUUUUAGCCAAGUGUAUAUUUUCUUCAGUCUUCUCGCAAUACUGGCAAUAAUAAAUGGAACGAAAUUGCAGUGAAACUAGAGCACAAAACUUCUUUAGGGUAAUGCCUUGCAAAUAUUCAAACGCUACCUAGUAUAAAUAUAUGUGUAAAUGCAAUAUAUAUGUAUGUGUGUACGUAUGCAUUUCUGUAUGAACAACUGUUGCGAACAUCAUUUAAGACUGCGGCAUUUAGUACGGGCACCAAAAGCACUUGUUGCCGCUGCCAAUUCAGCCACCAGCAACAGAAAUAGCAACAGUAAUAAAAUUACAUGCAUAUAAUAUAUUUAUGCGUGUAUGUACAUAUGUAUGUAUCCAUAUAUGUAAAUAGCAGUAACAGCACAUCAGUAGAGGCGACAGUGAAUAGCGAGGGAAACCUAACGGAAUAAUGCUGCUUUAAACAAAAUGUUUCUGGCCAAAUCAAAUACACAUACAAACAAACGAAUACUUGUGCGAAUACAUCAAGUCGCCGCAGCGUUUGUCGCGGUUACCACCUUCACAGCAACUCUCACACUCAGUAGACAGUCAGCAAUUUACCUCCCCUACGUGUCGUCUAGAUUCCAUCACUUUAUUGUUGCUAUAGUCGAAACUGACUUUUGUAGCAGAGUCAACGCCAGCGCUUCUAACAACGAAACCAGCAUAGCCACUGUGAUCGUCGCCACCAACACAAGCACUGCAAACGUCGACGCCGCCGACCCUCCUCAAGCGUUCAAGACGAAGUAAAAUGGAACCCUCAUAUGAUCACGAACAACCACAUCAUCUGCUAACAAAUUACAACCAUAAAAAAUAUCAGCCAUUUAUGUCACGAAUAACCGAAUACAGUCUCGCACACGAACUGCAGGAGCAAAAUAUGGUCAUCGCAGGUAGUGAUUCGUACAGCGUCAGACAUGAUAGUGAACAUUCUUCACCCAGCCUGCAUUCACCGGCCGUACAUCAGUCCACCUACGAGACAGAAGUCAUUGAUAGAACUUUACAGCAAAGCGAAGCGAACACAGUUUACCCCGCACCUUUUCUGGCCGCCACAUCAUCUCUAUUGAACACCAAUCUUCCACUACUUACAAAUAAUCAAGUCAUGAUAAAUAAAUUUCUUAGCCAUCCUAAUAUGGUGGCCGUAAAUGUACCAGUGCACGAAGCGGAAAAUUGUACAACUGGAACAGAGACUCCCGUAUGGAACUAUAGCGACUACAAGGACGACAUUUGCGGAAUAAAUUGUUCAUACUUGGAUCGACAGCAGCAGCAGCAGCAGCAGCAUCAGCAGAAAGUGAACGAAGCAAAGUAUCGCACCGGCGUCAAUGCUACAAAAUGUGCCAAAGAGACUAGAAUACGAAGACCAAUGAACGCAUUUAUGGUGUGGGCGAAAAUAGAGCGAAAAAAGUUGGCCGACGAAAAUCCGGACCUACACAAUGCGGAUCUUAGCAAGAUGUUAGGUAAAAAGUGGCGCUCCCUAACUCCUCAGGACAGACGGCCCUAUGUCGAAGAAGCAGAACGGCUGCGAGUCAUACACAUGACCGAGUACCCCAACUAUAAAUAUCGGCCCCGACGUAAGAAGCAAUCGAAAGUACGGACUGUACAACCAACUACCAAGGACCAAAGUACUUCCGCUAAUCAAACUCCCACCGCCAAUAAGUCCAACACUGUAGUUCAGAAGCAUAGAAAUUCCCCAGUCAUCGGACAAUCAUUCAAUCAAUUAGCGGAAGAAAGUCAAACGACACGUUUUCAAACACAACCGUCUAAUUCCACAAAUCAAAGUAUUUAUGAGCAAGCUUUGCGAUCCAACUAUUCUCCAUCGACUACCGUCGAUUGUUGCAGCAACUCUGAUACCAUCGAGCAUUUGGACACCACAAAUUGUCAACCCUCCCUUCUCAGUAAUGAUUCUACAACAAUAGAUGCACAGAAAUCGAGCUCUAAGGGCAGUAGUCAUUCGGUGGGCACCAAAGGAACGAAAUCAAAUCGGAAUCAAUCGUCUAGUUCCCAACAUUCCGAUAAAGAUGCAAUGAAAGUACCUAGAUACGGCAAAAUGGAGCCAAAAACUCAGCAGAGCUCUUUCGCAGCGUAUCCAUUGACAUCGACACCAAAAGCCGUCAUUACUACCCGUGGCAUGUAUGUGACGUGCAACAGUCGGGGACUAUUAGAUCACGGCUAUUCUGUAAAAGGCACAUUCUAUCCACCGGUCUCCGCUUCGGACAGCCCAUCAAUACGCAAUACACACUCGAACCAAUCUCUAUCAAAUUGUGAUGUGGCCUCCACAUAUACCACCACCUCAACCGGAAGCACCCUCAGCGCUAACUGCGAGCCUACCUAUCAGUCGAUAUAUUCACAAGAGACCGCAAUCCCAAGCUCCGGCGUACUUCACCACACAAUUGCCAAUACCACAGACAGCUUUGCAACACCGCCCAGCUCUUAUGCGCCUAGUGUGCAAUUCGAUGAAUUCGGAAGAUACUCGAGUGGAAUUGAAACUGACUUUUCGCCUGUAAUAUGUGACAAUGGCUUAGAACAGGACAAAAGUGAUGUAGGCAUGAAAUUCGCCAAGUAUCCGGACACGAAUCACAAUUAUGAUGACUUUGAAGCAUACAACAAUCCUUUGGUUGUUUCGGCGGCCAGCUCCAAUUAUUAUACUCAGUUGCCUUAUACGCUAGCUGCCUCAAAUGCGUGUAGUCCGCCAACAUCGUUAGCCUUUCCUCUUCAACUAGCUUUACCUUUACAGCAGCCAACAUCUUCAGUAUAUACUCAUCCGCAUCAUCACCAUCACCAUCAUCAUCAACACUCGCAUCAUCCGCAUCCACACCAACAAGUACACAGUCAACAAUUACAUAACGGUUAUCCACCUUAUAACCAUUUUAUUGCCGCCACAAGCACAACGGGCGCUAUUGUUCCCACCAGCUCACCAUUGACGUCCAACAGUGUACAGAAUAGUGCCAUCGGCAUAAUGACCACACCAAUGCAAGAGUUGCCGAUCACAGCGUACGCCCGUAAUGGCACCGGAAGUGCUGUCACCGUUGGAAAUAUCGAACGAAUAUUCGACGCGCGUAAAGAUGACGAGAUUAGUAAUAUAUUGGCUGGAGUGAGGAAAACCUGCUACAGUAAUUAAAUCCCGAAACCAUCCAGUGCAGUUUGAAUAUUUUAUGUAUGAAAAUAAAUUUUAUUCUAUGUGCAAAUAUUAAAUAAAAACUGUUAUAGGUCUUCCUUGCU